AUGCGCCACUGCAUUUUGUCAGACGUGACUGUUAGUAAUCUGCGCCCAGAGGAAUCCUAUCUCUUCGAUCCCUACCCGCCCAAAGCUGAUGAUCAAGUGAUCACCUACGAACCGGUCAUUCCGGCCGAAGAUACCACUUUAUACGGCUUCAACUCGAUCGCUGAAUCGUUUUUACAAAGCUUCGCUCCUGGUUUCGAGAAUUUUCCAAGAGGAGAAGACGCGGACGGCAAUCCAAAUACUCAUAUCCAAAACGUGAUGGAUUCAAUUUCCGCCCUGCUGGAUCAAAUGCGCACUGUGCGGACGAACGUCGACGGAACGACAGAAAAUGCUGAUGGCGAUCCGGAACACGAAGAUCCCCUCGACCCGGACGCUUUUGAUUGA